GGCAGCCUCAUCGUAUGUUAUCGAUAACAUACUUGUUUACAUUUUGUUAAAGCAUGGCCAGUUUACAUUUUUGGAACGAAUUUGAAUUAAAAAAGCCUCCAUUAGUUACCUUACAAAUUGAGGAUACAGGAUUUGCAAAGAAUGUCUUUGUGGCCAUCAAUGGCUACCUGCAACAGUUGUCCAGACCUGAUUUCUUGGAGUUUAACCAUACAGCCGCUCUGAUAGGACGUCUAAUGGCACGUCGGAAAAACUCUUUUCGUGGGAUGCCAGGAUUUCGCGCUGUCUGCAAACUUAAUGCAGCGCUUUGCCGACUACUCCGUCUUGAUUUACCUCGCGACUUGGAACAUAUUCGUGGAGCUUUGCCCGAUGCAUGCGAUGAAGAGCUUUCUGGCGAUAUGCCCACCCGGAACAGUUUUGAAUUUGUCUUGGUGCGAUUGCUAGCCUUUUAUCAUUUGCAUGAACGUAUUCGUGACUGCUGUCAGGCGGCUAUAAAAUACUUUGGACAAAUGAUACGCAGCAACUUUUUUAUGGAGUUCCUGACCCUGCUAAUUGCAGCAGUAGCCAAGAUAAAUAAGCUAAGCUUAGUGCAAUCCAACAGUUGUGCUACAUUGUACAACAAGCUGCAACCCCAGUGUCUCAACUUUCCACAGGUGGAAAAGCAUAAUUUCCUGCCUGAAAACUGUAAAUUGCCAACGCAACUGCGUGUAAUUAAAGAAAGCCAGUCAGCUGUUGGAGAGGAAGAGGCUAAUCCUGCAGGUGUUAAUCUGCUUAUUCAGGCACCUUCCCUGAUUACGAAAGUAGAAAAGGCUAAGCAAAAGCUUAAGGCAGAUGUGGGUACAGUGGUAGCACGCCAGACGCCUAUAGCUCCGACACAGACAGCUUUUCAGAUGAGUUCACUGUCCACAGUGGAAGAUGUGAAGCAUUUUAUCCUGCGUGAAUCUAAGGCACGCAAAAAGAAUCCUGGAAGCUGUGUAACGAAACCAAUACAAAAUCAUGAAUGGUUAGCUGCGAAAACGUUAUUUGAGCGCAAACUACAGGCCAGGGAUCAGGCAAAAGCUUUGAACAUAUUUCGUAAAUUUAUUGGUAGUAAAAUAUAACAUGAAGAAACU